GCGCAGUGGAAAAUCAAUGUUCGUCAAAAUAGUGUUGUGAUGGCGGCGGUGGCAGGCGAAAAGGCGGAAACCAACUUUCACAGAAAUCUGUAGGAAUAUUAGCAGUAGAGAUUGAUUUUUAUCGAUUGAUUUCCACAAUUUAGAUUGUUAUAAGUGUUGCGGGAACUUUAAGCUGCGGAAAUGCCGAAGAAAAGAGAUAGCAUACGACGCAAGAAAAUUCGCAAGAAGGACAUUAGCCUUCCCGAUGCUUUUGAGCACCGUUUCCACAUGACAUACGACCACAGAGAAGGUUCGUAUGUUGGAGUGCCCCCACAAUGGAAAAGGUUCCUGGGAAGAGAAUUUGAACGGCCUAAGCCUAUUAUUGACGCGAGUAUUGUUACAGAAAUCGGACCAGUUAUGGAAAAGAUUUUGCAACAAAAUGGGCGAAGUUCCACGGUUAAAGCCCCCUCAAAAAAUGUAAAUGUUGCUCGGUCAAACUCCCUCAGAGACACAAGAACACCAAGAGAAAAAGCUGAAGCUAGAGGUUUCAAUGAUUCUGGCAUGGCGCAACCUUUGCCUAGCCAGGAUCGUGCGAAUUUCGUUUCAAGAAGUUUGCCAAAGAAUAUCCACGCAGCCAAUCGGCACGAAAUGUAUAACCAGUUUUACUCUCACAAAACAAAUGGACAAACAUCAGCCAGUAGGCUCGGAGACUCAACAUCAACUCGUCCUUCUGGAGAUAAGAACUCCAAUUCACAAUUGAUAAAGAAAAAAGUCGAAUCUGGACUGAAGCCCAGUAGCAUGUCUUCGAUGGAAAAUUUGUCAAUUUCGCAUGAUGAAUUCAAAGAGUCGUUGCAGUUGGUAGUUUCCCAAAAUGACCCACGCGAACAUUUAGAGCAGUUUGUAAAAAUAGGAGAGGGUUCUUCAGGAACAGUGUGUAUUGCUAGAGACAAACGGACAGGAAAGGCCUUAGCCGUGAAGAAAAUGAAUUUGACCAAACAACAAAGAAGAGAGCUUUUAUUCAAUGAAGUGGUUAUUAUGAAAAAUUACAAACACUCAAAUAUUGUUGAAAUGUAUGAAUCAUACCUUGUUGGAGAUGAGCUUUGGGUUGUUAUGGAAUUCUUAGAUGGUGGAGCUCUAACAGACAUUGUAACUUACACAAACUUACCAGAAGAUAUAAUUGCAUACAUUUGUAAGUGCUGCCUCAAAGCAUUGACAUACUUGCAUUCUCAAGGAGUUAUUCACAGGGAUGUGAAGAGUGACAGUAUUCUUCUAUCUCACAAUGGCCAGGUAAAAAUAUCUGACUUUGGCUUUUGUGCCCAAGUUAGUGAAGACAUUCCAAAGCGCAGGUCACUUGUUGGCACACCGUAUUGGAUGGCACCAGAAAUCAUUGCAAGAUCACCCUAUGAACAGAAGGUUGACAUUUGGUCAUUUGGAAUAAUGGUCAUGGAAAUGGUUGAUAGUGAGCCACCCUUUUUCAAUGAGGCACCACUCACUGCUAUGAAAAAAUUGAGAGACAGUCAACCUCCAAAACUGAAAAAUCAAAGUGUGUCCCAAAAGUUGCAAUCAUUCGUGGAGGCGUGCCUCAUCAAGGAUCCAAAUUUGCGGCCUACGGCUUUUGAGUUGCUGCAACACCCUUUUCUUCGACAAGCUGCCCCUGCGGCGGCGCUUUCUGGGCUUGUUAAGGAAUACAAGCAAAGCUCUUGCUGAGAUAUAAUGGCAUGUAGGUUUUUAAUAUCAAAAAUCGAUUCAGCUUAUAUUAAGAACGGCUGGCUAAAGCAGUUGGACAACAUCCUAAGAUUAGCGCAACUUUCUUAUCAAUUUAUGAAUAGAUUUUAGCCAAAGUUUCUUCCAACAUGGAUUACCCUUUUUAGACGAACAGGACUCAAGUUCUGCCUAACAUUUUAGAUUUGUUUGAGUUCUUUCUUAUCUCUCCUGCUAUUUCCAGAUGUUCAAUUGUUUGUUUUUCCGAUUUAAAACGAAUGAGUUUGAUGCCAUGGAAACACAUAAAGUUUAAGUACUUUUUGAUAAUCUUUGAAGAUAAAAGUAAGUGGAAGUAGUGUAUUUUACUAAGGACCCCCUCCUCCUUUCUCCUCCCUCCCGAAUGUACGAUAUGUUCGCUAGUUUUGCAGUUUUCGUAGAACCUGGUCUAGCUGCACUUAUAUUUACGGGUUAAUUCAUGUUGCCAGAAAAGGGAAUAAAAAUGAUUUUUUUCAUCUAAUUUUUUGUGCUGAUCCAAAUUUGUCAUUGGCAGUAUAAAAGGGGUCUGUUUAUCCUGUUGAAUUUAUAAAGUUUUUGCCUUCUUGAUAAAAUCGUAGUGUUAGAGGCCCCACGCUUUCUACUUAAAGCCUCGAUACCAAGGUUACCAUCAGUUGUCGAUCAAAAGUGUCCAGAAAACUCUCCUCGUACAUUACAGAAAAUAAUAAAACAAAGGCGGUUUUAGUGCGGUACAUUCGUUUUCGUUGUUUUCGUUACGGCCAUUAACCGUGUGUCCAGUAUGUUUUCUGGACUCUGUUGUUUUAGUAUUAUUGUUGCAAAUGUAAUUAAUCGUCAAAGAUGGGAAUACCUUACCGUGUAGUGCUCCUUGGGGUAUAAGGAGUUUUCGAAGGGGUUUGGUGAAGAAAAUAUGAGUAUAGUUAGUGUCUUUAAAGCAGAUAAGAUUAUGUUUUGGUAACAGUAGAUAAAGCAUAACUUUGAUAACGUUUUUGAAAGACUGAGCUAGGCCAUUGGUGUGGCCAUUUUAAUUUGUUUCAGUUGCUAUGGAAGAUUUUUUUAUUUCUUGAGAUUAAUAAGAACAGCAUUAAUAAAGCAUAAUUAAACAAGAUAUUUUAGUAAAUAGAAAUGGUCUUAUUUCUUGCUAGAAAUUAAUUGCUCGAAUCUCUUUACAGUUUUUACUGUAUGUUAUGAAAUGAUAUACCUCCUUGAUGAUUUUGUUUUUCAUUCGAAAUGCAGGGUGAGUAUUUAAAGCAGUUUGACGUAAGAUGCAAUAUUUGUUUUGCACUGUGUAUAAUUUAAGAAAGGUAAUUGUCGUGUAGUUCUUGAUUUCAAUUUUUGUAUGUUCCCAAGUAGGGUUAGUUUCCGACCACAGUUAUACCGAUGUUUUAUUAUAAUCAGUUAUUUUAGAAGAUGUUGAUCAUUAUUGUAAUAGGACGAACAUGAACGUA